UUUUUUCUUUUUUAAAGAUGGAAAGCCACACAAUUAUCCCUUCAAUUAAUCCCCCAAUAUUAAAAACUAACUGGAAAUCUAUUUAUAUUGUUGCCAUUGUUGCAUUUAUUGCUGCAUUAGAAUUUGCAGCGAGUAAUGAUUGGAAUUAUUUUUGUCAAUUGGACCCUUCUGCUACAAUUACAUUUUAUGGUAUUUUACGUACAGUUGGGGGGCUGAGUGGGGGGAUUUCGACGAUAUUGGCUGGUUGGUUAUGUAAUCGAUUGAAAGACACGAGACAAAUACUUAUAAUAUCCAAAUUGUUGAUAUUAAUUUCUACACUAUUCUUUCUGGGAGCUGAAUUAGUUAAAGGAUUUGCAUUUUAUGCUUUCUUUCUUUGCUACAAAAUUUUGAUGGGAAUUGCUAGUGGUGGGGGAAGUAUGUCAAGAACUCAUGUAGCUAUGGCUAGCACAGAAAAAGAUAGAAAUAAAGCUAUUGCUUUAACGGCACUUUUACCAGCCGUUGGGUUACUUGUCGGAUUUGCAAUAAAUGCUGGAACAAGUUAUAUGAAAUACCCAGGAAUUGAAAUACCUUUAAUUAAAAUUCAUUUAAAUUUAUUUACUGCCCCAAUGAUAUUUUCGAUGUUUAUAUUUUUAUUGGCCCUUUAUUUGUUAAUUUAUCAUUUUGAUGGAAAAUGGCAUAUUUAUGAAAAAAUGCAAAAAAUAAAUAGUAAAAAUAAUUUAGAAAUGAUUAAAAAUGAAAAUAAAAAUAUUCAAUGUUGGAUUCCAAAUAAUUUGGAAAAAUUAAAAGAAAAUAAAAAAGAUAUACACGCAGAAAGUAGUUAUUCUUUUGAUUGGGUUGCCGUUUUAAUUUGUUGUUAUACUCAAUUAGUUAUUAGUAUGGCUAUGCUUAAUUUAAUGACUAUCAGUUCACCAUAUCAACAAUUAGCUUUUCAAUGGGAUGCUUCCCAACUUCAAUUCUAUGGGGGAUUAUGUGGAGUCGCAGUAGCAAUUCAACUAAUUCUUUGGCCAGCUGCUUAUAUGAUGUUUGGAUUAAAUAAAAUAAUAUCAGAACGUCAAUCAGUUAUGUUAGGGUUAUUAGUACUUAUGGGAGGUUAUUUAUUUACAUAUUCUUGGCCAUUUUUGUCAGAAACAUUUCCAUAUGCUGUAAAUUCUUCACCUUCACUACUCUCCGCUUUUUUAAAUAAUAAAACAGAAAUAAUAGAGAAUAUAUCUAAUUGUGGAUCUGAAAGUCAUCCCGGUUGUCCUUCACAUUAUGAAUGGUGUGGAACUACUACAAAACCAAAUAUGCCUCUCUAUAUGGCAUCUCUAAUAUUAAGUACAGGAAUGGCUAUGCCAGUAGUUAGAAUGAAUUUAGAUAUUUUAUAUUCAAAAAUACUUGGAAAUAUUAAACAGGGUGUAAUGCAAGGAAUAUUUUUUGUUUGCCAAACAGUUUUGGAACUUUUGGGUGGACCUAUAGCUGUUAGGUAA